AUGGAGGCGUUAUUCGGAAAGCUCAACGCCGCCAUUUUCGGCAUCGUCUUGUGUCUUUUCCUGAAGAGAAUACCAGCUUUGAAAAGCUUCCCAACGUCAUCCCUGGAAGCGGAACGCGCGAGCUUGGCAUCCGCGAGGGAUGACCUCGCUACCACCCGAGAACGCCUUCGUCGUUCCCAGGAAGAUGACCUCGCCUCGGCCUCCGAGCAACUCCGGCUCGCGACCUCCGACCUCGACGCCGCCCGUCUGGAGGUGGCGGCCCUGACGGCCUCGAGAGACGCCCUGGGAGCUCGGCUGUCGGAGGAGCGGGAGAGGCGUCGUGAGGCCGAAGCGGCGGCGCAAGACGGGCUGAAUGCCUCCGUUACCGAAGCGGAGACCCUGGCGGCGGAGCUGCACGAGAGAGAGAAGGCGGUGAACGAGAGGGACGAGCUCUUGAGGGAGGCCAGAGUGGAAGCCGAAGCGGCACGAACGGCCGCUGACGAGGCCGAGAGAGACGCGGUGCAGAGAGCGACGGAGGCGGCCGAGAGAGCGGCGGAGGUGGACAGGCUGAACGCCGCGAUGGCGGAGACGGCAACGCGGGCGCGCGAAGCCCAGGAGGGUGCAGCGCGGCAGAUAGACAGCUUGCGAGGAAAGCUGAACGCCUCCGUCGCCGAAGUGGAAACCGUGGCGGCGGAGCUGCACGCGAGUAAGAAGGCGACAGCCGAGAAGAGCGCUCUGUUGACGGAGGCAAGAGAGGCUGUCGAAGCGGCUCGAGCCGCUGCUGAAGAGGCCGAGAGAGACGCGAUGCAGAGAGCGACGGAGGCGGCAGAGAGAGCGACUGAGGUGGACAGGCUGGAAGCCGCACUGGCGGAGCGGACGGCGCAGGCGCUGGUAGCCGAGGAAGAGGCCGCGCAGCAACUGGAAAGCUUGCGAGAAAAGCUGGACGCCUCCGUCGCCGAAGCGGAAACCCUGGCGGCGGAGCUGCGCGAGAGUAAGCAGGCCGUGGCCGAGAAUAGCGAUCUGUUGAGGGAGGCGAGAGAGGCCGCCGAUGAGGCUCGAGCCGCUGCUGAAGAGGCGGACAGGGAUGCGGUGCAGAGAGUGAGAGAGGCAGCCGAGAGAGCGACAGAGGCGGCCGAGCGAGCGGCGACGGACAGGCUGGAAGUCGCACUGGCGGAGAGGACGGCGCGGGCAGUCGAAGCGGAGGAAGAGGCCGCGCAGCAACUGGAAACCUUGCGACAAAAGCUGGACGCCUCCGUCGCUGAAGCGGGAACCCUGGCGGCGGAGCUGCACGCGAGUAAGCAGGCCGUGGCCGAGAAUAGCGAUCUGUUGAGGGAGGCGAGAGAGGCUGCCGAUGAGGCUCGAGCCGCUGCUGAAGAGGCGGACAGAGAUGCGGUGCAGAGAGCGGCAGAGGCGGCAGAGAGAGCGACAGAGGCAGCCGAGCGAGUGGCGACGGACAGGCUGGAAGCCGCACUGGCGGAGAGGACGGCGCAGGCUCUGGUAGCCGAGGAAGAGGCCACGCGGCAACUGGAAAGCUUGCGAGAAAAGCUGGACGCCUCCGUCGCUGGGCUAUAUUUGGGGUGGCGUGUUUUACAGCGCUUUGCCAACAGCGCCAACCCACUGAAGUCUAGAUUGCGGGUCGAAGACGCCCUCGAGGCGUUGGAGGAGAACCGUGCUCGUGCCGUCGACAAGGCCCACGAUGAGACGCUGCUGAAGGAGGAAAGGGACGACCUCCGCUCGCGGCUGAGAGAUCUCGAAGGCUCUCUGAGGGAACAGUCCGCACGCGCGGCUACCCUGGAGGACAGCCGCGCCGCCCAGGAACGCCUCCUGAGGGACAAGGAAAAAACCCUGGAGGCCGUGUACGGCGAGGCGGAAAGCCUGCGCCGGCGGCUGGACGCGGAGUCGACCAGGUUCGCGGAGGCGCGGGCGGCGUUUGCGGCGGAGGCGGCGGAGGCGGCGGCGGCGGCGAGCGCGGAGGAGGCGCGGACCGAGGCGACCAGGGCCGGGGCGGCCGAGUCUCAGCAAGCGUUGGCCCGGCUCGGGCACGCCACCGCGGAGAUGGAAACCCUUAAGGAGAACCUCGCCGAGGCAGUCGCCGCAUCGAGGAGGGAGCGGGAGCAAGGGGAGGAGCUCGCCGCAACGGUGGCCACGCUGGAAUCGCAGCUCGAAGCCACUAGGCGCGGGAAGGCGGACACCGAGGCAAGACUCGAGGAGGCGGAACAAGGGCGGGAGGGGCUGUCGAGAGACUGCACCGCCCUCCGAGCGCUGAGAGAGGAGCUCGAGGCGGACAAGUCCGCACUCCUGGGGAAGAAAGCACUGGCAGAAUCGGGAAGAGACGCGAGGAAGCUGACCUGGCAGUAUCGCAUGUGCGGGAUGGGAGAGGAGAGGUUGCCGAGAAUUGUAUGGGAGGCGAAGUGGGCAAACAAAAAGAGGGGUAGACAACCCACGGAAUGGGUCAAGGUUGUAGAGGACGUAUGGAAGGGGCUCGACAUCGACGAAGAUGAAACGCUGGAAACGGAGGGUCUACAGGGGUUCAAGGAGAAGAUAUCUGUUGCUUGUGCCGAGAGAGAAGAACAGAAUCUGAGGAAAGAAUCCAAGGAUAAGGAGGGUCUAGAAGCUCUGGUAGCCGAGGAAGAGGCCACGCGGCAACUGGAAAGCUUGCGAGAAAAGCUGGACGCCUCCGUCGCUGAAGUGGAAACCCUGGCGGCGGAGCUGCACGCGAGUAAGCAGGCCGUGGCCGAGAGAAGCGAUCUGUUGAGGGAGGCGAGAGAGGCUGCCGAUGAGGCUCGAGCCGCUGCUGAAGAGGCGGACAGAGAUGCGGUGCAGAGAGCGGCAGAGGCAGCCGAGAGAGCGACAGAGGCGGCCGAGCGAGCGGCGACGGACAGGCUGGAAGCCGCACUGGCGGAGAGGACGGCGCGGGCAGUCGAAGCGGAGGAAGAGGCCGCGCAGCAACUGGAAAGCUUGCGAGAGGAGCUCAACGCCUCCGUCGCCGAAGCGGAAACCCUGGCGGUGGAGCUGCGCGAGAGUAAGCAGGCCGUGGCCGAGAAUAGCGAUCUGUUGAGGGAGGCGAGAGAGGCCGCCGAAGCGGCUCGAGCCGCUGCUGAAGAGGCCGAGAGAGAUGCGGUGCAGAGAGCGGGAGAGGCAGCCGAGAGAGCGACAGAGGCGGCCGAGAAGGCGGCGACGGACAGGCUGGAAGCCGCACUGGCGGAGAGGACGGCGCGGGCAGUCGAAGCGGAGGAAGAGGCCACGCGGCAACUGGAAAGCUUGCGAGAGGAGCUCAACGCCUCCGUCGCCGAAGUGGAAACCCUGGCGGCGGAGCUGUACGAAAGUCAGAAGGCGGUGGCCGAAAAGAACGACAUGUUGAGGCAGGCGAGAGAGGCUGCCCAUGACGCUGAAAGAGACGCCGUACGGCGAGCGACCGAAGCCGCGGAGAGAGCGACAGAGGCGGCCGAGAGAGCGGCGACGGACAGACUGGACGCCGCGAUGGAGGAGAAGAUGGGACAGGAGCUCGAAGCCGAGGAGGAAGCCUCGCGGCAGCUGCACGAGGCGUUGUCGCUGUCGGAAGAAGCGGUUUCAGGGAAGAAGGCGGCGGAGGUGAAGCUGGCAGAGGCGGUAGAAGAGCUGGAAUGCGUUAAGGGAGACUUGGCAAAGUCGGAGGAGAAGAGAGCUGCCGCAGAAAGGGAGACGGAGAGCAUGCGAGAACGGCUAGCAGCUGCCGGCGACGAAAAGGCGAGGGAGCUGCAGGAGCUCCACGAGCGGCUUGGAGCGUCGGCGGCAAAGAGAGCAGCGGCGGUGGAAGAGCUAGAGGAUGUCCGCGAGCGACUUGCCGUUGCCGGUGAGGAGAGGGCAGCGGCGACCGCGAGGGAGUUGCAGCAGCUCAAAGGGCAGCUUGACGCGGCGGUGGCAGAGAGGGCGGAGGCCGCAAAGGAGCUGGAGGAUGUCCGGGAGCGGCUCGCCGCAGCAGUGCAGGGAUCCCGAGAUGCCAACGAGCGCCUCGCCGUUGCCAUGGCGGAAAAGGCGGCGGCGGCGUUGGUUUUGGAGAGGCUGGGAGCGCUGGAAGAGGAGAGGACGGCGGCGGCGAGGGAGUCGCAGGAUGCCGCCGGCGAACGGCUCGCUGCGGCCCGGGAGGCGGCAGCGGCGGCGCGGGAGUCACAAGAGGCGGCGGCGCGGGAGUCCGGGACACUGAGGGAGUGCCUCGGUCGCGCUGAGGAGGGGCGGGCGGCGGCGGAGUCACUGGUCGCGGUCGCUAACGAGCGGGCGGAGGCGCUGGCGGCGACCCUUGAGGCAAUGGAGGAGCAGAGCCUGAACGACCGAGUCUCCAGCGAGGAAAGCGCCCUCCGGCUGGGCCUCGCCAACUCGGAGCAGAACGUCGAGGCUCUGACCUCGCGGGUGUCCGGCCUCCAGCGGACCGUCGAGUCCCAGUGCGCCGCCCUCCAGCGCUCCGAGGCCUGCCUCUCGACCGGCCGCGAGGAAGCCCGAACGUUGGCGGCAUCCCUGGACGCGGCGACCGCCCGGGGGGACGCCCUUGAGUCCGACCUCGCCGCCCUCCGCGCGCUCACGGGGGCCGCCACCGGGGAGUUGCGGGAGGAGGUGGCGUUGCUCCGGGCGCAGGUGGACGGGGCCGAGAGGACCGCGGCCGAGUUGAAGGCGGAGGCGGAGGCGGCGACCGCGGCGGCGGCGGCGGCGGCGGCCAGAGCAGCGGCCGGCGAGGCGAGACAGCAGGAGAGCGCGGAUGCGCUCUCUGUGCCUAGUCGCCAGGGUGCUGAUGCUGGUGCUGUCGAGCGCCUGGUCGAUGGCAGCAGCAACAAUCCCGCGCGGGCCGGGGAAAGCGACGGCAACGACGAGGACAAGGGCCUCUCGCGCCCCUCCGUUCACGACACCCGCCUGCAGUCCCUGGGCCUGGAGCUGGAGUCCGUCGGCCUUCUUGCGAGGGAGGCAGUGGCGUCUGUCACGCGUGUUGGCGGCUGGGCCCCCCCUUCUCCCUCCCCUACCGGAGGAAGGGACGGGGGCGGCGACGGCGACGGCGAAGGCGACGAUAAUUCCGUGCUCGGAAGACGAGACGCCUGUGUCGGCAGAGCAGUUCUCCCGCAAGCGGAAGAGAAGGAGGAGGAAGGGUCGAGGGCGAACUUCGGGGGGGGAGGGGGAACGCAACAUGACGAUGAUGAUGAUCGUGAUGAGAUCGGCCAGAUGUUGGCCGUUGCCGGGCGGGCGGCCGCGGACGUGGAGUCCGUGCGUCGGGCGCUUGUCGUCGCCGAAGAGAAGGUGAGGCCCACGCGUGACGGAAUGAGCCGGGAUAGCGACGGCACCACGGCGGAGGUUGACGAGGCUGUCCGGGAGACAGACCGCCUUCGAGCGGAGAAUGCGACGUUGGAAGAGUCCCUCUGCGAGGUUGCCGACGCCAUGUCCAAGAGCCUGCCGACGCGGGACCGGGUACCCUUGACGGAAACCGGUCCCGACAGCGUUUCCCCCGCCCCCACCAACUCUUCGCUAGAGAACCCCCACUACCCACUCCCCGGAGAAACAGAAGAAGGAUUCGAGCCGACGGGAGUCAGCAAAACUGCUGCCAUCACGCAGGAAUCCCUGCGAGAAGAUGCGUCUACAACGGCGAAGGCGCCGACGACGACCGCAGCUAGGGUGUCGACGAACCUGGAGGCGGCCAGGGCCGACGCUCUCGCCCGAACAAACACGUUCCUGCGCGGUCUCCUCGACAGCCUCGUCGUCGCUGAUGGCGGCGGCGAUGGUGGCGACGGAUUCUCCGCCGAACACAGCAACCCUGCCGCGACAAUACCGGAGCAAGAGCAGGAAGCAGGAGGGGUUUACGACGGCGAUGGGGGGGCGGACCAAGGGGGACACCGUCGCGACGUCAACGACUCGGUGCGGCACCCCCGCCGCCGCCGGGAAAACACGCGGCGGGACUCCUCCCGGUUCGCUGGCGUGCAGCAGCAGCACGAAGCGGCGUCAGUGGCGCCGCUUCGUGGCGAGGACCGGGUGGAGGAGCGGUCCUCGCCUUCGUCCUCUGGCCUCUCGCGGGCGCUACGCUCUCUGGUCGAUGCUCUCCAGGAGAGGGACGCCAGGGCUCAGCUGCUCGAGGACGAGCUGACCCGCGUGCGGCAGGGUGCGGUUGCCGCUGCCGAGGCUGCUUCGAUGAGGGCGGAGGUUGAAAGCUUGAAGGCAUCCCUUGCGGCGACCGAAGCCGAACGCCUGGAGUUGGAAACCCUCUUGAAGGAUGCCUCACACGGGGCUGAAGCAGCUUCUCGAGACACGGAGGCACAGGUGGACGCGUUGAAGGCAGAGCUGGAAGCUUCCGGGAGAAAGGUGGCUGCCGUCAACGAGGAGAGGCGCCAGAUCGAAGAGGCGUUGGCCGACGGGCAGGAAGGGUUGCUGGCUCUACGAGAGGCCCUUGAGCGUACCGUUGACGCAGCAAGGGGUCUGCUAAAGAGAGCGGAGGCGGUCGCGGCGGACGCUGAAGCCGGAGAGGUGAGGGGGGACUACGCCGCACCUAUUGAUCACGAGCAAGAGGUCUAUGCCCAUGUCAGCCUGGGUUAUAUUUGA